AUGCCGCAAGCAACAGGGCUCGAAUCCGAGCGGAAGCGAUCGGCGGCCAUGGCCUUGCAGCCCUCAGAGGACGCAAGCGUAGGCUCCACGAAGCGGAAAAGCCAGGAGCUCCUUCUCCUACGCGUGGUCAAUCUUGCCGGUCAACAACUGCUGGAAGCCACGCUCGAGGCGCCGGAACAAGCGCGAGUGGUCAAAGGCCGGCUACAGAGAGAGACAGGACUCCCACGCUUUCGGCAGAAACUGCUGGGGCCAGACGGUCCCCUGGACGACGAGGCUCUCAUAUCCGCCCCCGCCGACCUGCAGAUGAUCAAACUACAGUACACCCAGGCCGACCACAAAACCACGGCAGAAAUGAUCGCGGCCGCACGAAGCUCCAACACGUUCAGGCUAGAGCAACUCCUGAGCCGCCCGCUGGACCCGAACUGCAUCAAGACGUUCCCCACGACGACGCCCCUGCAAGCCGCAACCAAAGCAAAUCGCACGGAAAACAUGAAACUCCUGCUCGAAGCUCGGGUCAACGCCAACACGGACGAAGACCACGGCCUGCUGCUGCAGGCAGCACAGCGACAACAAGAAGGGACAGUGGAGCUCUUGAUCGCAGCCCGCUGCCACUUGGAAACGCGCAACCGCAAUGGUACAACGGCCCUCGCAGCAGCAGCACGCAAGAGCAGUACCGCGAUAGUACGCAAGCUCUUGAAUGCCAGGGCCGACAUGGAAGCCCCGAACGCCAACCGACGCAGACCGCUCGCCCUGGCCGCAUGGGGAGGUCAUACGACAAACGUGAUGAUGCUCCUCCAGGCCCGCUGCAACCCGCUGCUAGCGGAGCCGGGAAACCCGGACGCGAUGCCCACAUCAACAGCAAAGCUCCUUUUCCAGAGAGCACUCGGGAACGCAGGCAGAAGAAACAUGCAGGAAGCACUUGCAGACCAACAACUAUGGCGCCGCAACCAGGCAAACAAGGAAGCGGCGAAACUCACACCGACCGCCCAGACCGACCGCGAGCACAGCUCCUCAGCGCCGACACCGGCCAUCAGCAUCGCCCAUGCGGUACAAUAG